AUGGAAAAUAGUCUUGGAGCUUCUGUUAGGCGGUCGACUCGUGUAAGAAGACCGAAUGACCGCCUGCGUGACUAUGAAGUGGAAAUUGCAGCUAGUCUUGUUGUGCAAGCAGUGAACGAGCUUCUGGAACCUACGUCUGUUACCGAAGCGCUUUCUGCACCUGAUGCUAAGAAAUGGAUUGCGGCUCUAGAGACUGAAUACAAAGAACUGAUGCGAAAUCAUGUCUAG